AUGGCUGGCGAAGAUUCGGGUUGGUGUUUAAUAGAAAGUGAUCCGGGUGUAUUUACAGCUCUUGUGGAGAUGCUAGGGCGAGAUCGCAACCGCACUCGCAGCAGCAGCAGCAGCAGCAGCAGCAGCAGCAGCAGCGGCGGCAAUGCAAACAACCCCACCGAUCCCAGCUCCAGCACCAGCAACUCUCAAGAAAAUACAGCAGCAGCAGCAGCAGCUGAAGCAGCAGCAGCAGCAGCAGCAGCAGCAGCAGCAACACAGGAGGCACCUGAAACACUCUUUUUUGCCAAUCAGACAGUAGAGAAUGCAUGCGCAACUCAGGCUAUCUUAUCUGUUUUAUUAAACAGACGUGAAGAAAUAAAAGAUUUAGGAGAAAACUUAAAAGCCCUCUGGGACUUCAUUAAAGAUUUUCAAGACCCCACAAUGCGCGGAGAAGCCAUAGGAGGAUGUGAGGCCAUUCGCUGCGCACACAAUUCGUUCCGGCCCAACAUAUCUUUUGAAGUUGUUGAAAAAGACGAAGAAGAUAAAAGAGAAGCCUUUCACUUCGUUAGUUAUGUUUCGCACGCAAACAAAGUCUACGAGCUAGACGGCCUCAAACAGGCAAGGGGCCCUGUUUGUGUGGGGGAUAUAAACGGGGAGGAUUGGACCGAAGUCGUCCGCAAAGAAAUCGUCCGCAGAGUCGAGCAGAUUCAAUUAAACGGAGAAGAAUUACGUUUUAAUUUAAUUGCGAUGACGACAAAUCCACUCGAAGAUAUCGAGAAAGAAAUUCAAGAACAAAGGGAAGCCGCAGAAAAUGCUGCAAAGCGACUGAAAGGAGAUGAGUCUUCAACAGCAAACCCUCAGCACUUAGAACAGCUGCGACAAACCGCUCUUUCGAGAAUAGAGAUCCUGGAGGAGCAGAGGGCGCAGGAAGAGGCUAAGAGAGGCGAGUGGCAGCGAGAAAACGCGCGUCGGCGUCACGACUUCACUCCGUUCAUUCUCUGUGCUCUUAGACACCUAGCAAAGAAGAAAGAGCUGGUGAAGGCUGUACGCCGUGCUACUGCAGCAGCAGCAGGAACUUCCGGGGGGUCAGAAGGGCAGAAGGGAAGCUGA